AUAUUUAUUAUAUUUAUCUAUUUGUUAUUUUAUUAUAUAAAAUACUUUAGUGAAAGUAAUAUUCGCGGAUUGUUUAAAGUUAAGAUCAUAUAAGAUCAUAUAAAGAAUCGAAAGUAUAUAUAUAUUUAAGACAUAAAAAUACAAAUAUUUUUUGAUAAAGAAAUUUAUUUUCAUCGAUAAAAAAAAUCUAUUACGGAAACUUCUUGUAAGUUAUAUAAAGUAUAGAUAAGAAUAAUAAAUACAAUAGUAAAUACGAUCGAAAUACGACAGUAGAAAAUAUAUUAAGAUAAUUUGGACAAGAUUGCCAUGUUUUUUUGCCACCAUCUUAAUAAAGCGAACGUGCAUUUUAUAAGAAGGGCUUAUAUCAAAUCUUGUAGUAACAAUAUUGUUUCCUCACAAAUAUUAUUGCCAAAAAUUCAUCAAUCAUUCAAUAAUUCAACAUUUUUAUUCGUUAAAACAUUUAGUAACAUUUCUUCUAUAACAAUGACUAAAAUACAGGUUGGAUCUGUUGUUGAUAUCUUAGGUGAUGAAAUGACAAGAAUCAUUUGGGAUUCCAUUAAAGAGAAACUUAUUUUACCAUAUUUAGAUAUUAAAUUAUAUACUUAUGAUUUGAGUAUUGAAAAUCGAGAUGCUACUAAUGAUAAUGUGACUAUAGAAUGUGCUGAGGCUAUUAAAAAAUAUAAUGUAGGAAUCAAAUGUGCUACUAUUACUCCAGAUGAAAAAAGAAUGAAAGAAUUUAAUUUAAAAAAAAUGUGGAAAAGUCCAAAUGGUACUAUUAGAAAUAUUUUAGGUGGUACAGUUUUUCGUGAACCUAUUAUCUGUAAAAAUAUACCAAAAUUAGUAAAUAAUUGGAUUCAACCAAUUAUCAUUGGCAGACAUGCUCAUGCAGAUCAAUAUAAAGCAGUAGACUUUAUAAUACCUGGUCCAGGAAAACUUGAAAUUAUAUGGACUGGAGAUAAUGAACAAAAAAUUCAGCAUACAGUUCAUAAUUUCAAAGGACCUGGCAUUGCUCAAGCUCAAUAUAAUACAGAUGAGAGUAUUCGUGCUUUUGCUCAUAGUUCUUUUGAAUAUGCUUUAUCAAGAAAUUAUCCUUUGUAUCUUUCUACAAAGAAUACAAUUCUUAAAGAAUAUGAUGGUAAAUUUAAAGAUAUUUUUCAUGAAAUAUAUGACAAAGAAUAUAAAGCACAAUUUGAAGCCAAGAAUAUUUGGUAUGAGCAUCGUUUGAUAGAUGAUAUGAUAGCAUAUGUAAUGAAAUCAAACGGUGGUUUUGUAUGGUCUUGCAAAAAUUAUGAUGGUGAUGUUCAAUCUGAUUGUGUAGCACAAGGCUAUGGAUCCCUAGGUCUGAUGACUUCAGUUUUAAUUUGUCCAGAUGGACGUACUGUGGAAGCUGAAGCUGCUCAUGGUACAGUUACAAGACAUUAUCGACAAUAUCAACAAGGAAAAGAAACUUCAACAAAUCCCAUUGCCUCUAUAUUUGCAUGGACAAGAGGUUUACUUCAUCGUGCAAAAUUGGAUGAUAACAAAGAUCUUAAACAAUUUUCAGAAACAUUGGAAGCAGUUUGUAUUAAUACUAUUGAAUCAGGUUUCAUGACAAAAGAUCUUGCAAUUUGUAUCAAAGGCAUAAAUAAUGUUACUAGAUCUGAUUAUUUAGAAACAUUUGAAUUUAUAGAUAAGUUAGCAGAAAAUUUGCGAAAACAACUAAAAUUAAACUGACUAGAAUAUCUUUCUAAUAAAAUGUUAUCAAAGUAUUAAUUAUAUACUUAAAAAAAACUAUUAUUAAUAUAUGGUUAUGGGAAAAGAAUAUGCAUUUAGAUUACAAAAAUAAAAUGUAAUAAUAUAAAUGAAAUUGAGAUUAAUAUAUUGUAAUUAUAAUUUUUGUAAAAAUAUAUUCAUCAAAUU